AUGGCUGCCAACGAGCCCAACGAGAAAGUCACCAGUAUCCCUGCCGUCGAGGACGCUGCUCUGUCCGCAGGCGACCACGAGGAUCCCACCGACGAGGAGCUGAAGACCCUGCGUCGCGUCCCCGGCAAUCUCCCCAUCGUCGCCUACCUCAUCUGCAUCGCCGAGUUCUCCGAGCGGGCGUCUUACCUGGGCGUCACCGGCCUCAUCUCGAACUUUGUCAACCGCCCCCUGCCCCCUGGUGGUAAUGGAUACGGGGCCCCUGCUCGCGGGACCCAGCAGACUGCCGGUGCCCUGGGUAUGGGAACCGUCAAGGCCAAUGCUGUGAACCAGUCGUUCAGCAUGCUGGCCUAUGCCUUGCCCAUGUUUUUUGGAUACUUCUCUGAUGCGUUUACGGGUCGCUUUAGGAUGAUCUGCUGGGGUGUUCUUGUUUUCGGUGCCGCGCAUAUCCUUAUGGUCGGGGCCGGCGCGCCCACGCUGCUUGCGAACGGUGGUGCUAAGGCGCCGUACUUUAUCUCGUUGUAUAUGCUGUCGGUUGGUGCAGCCAUGUUCAAGCCAAAUGUCUCGCCCCUCCUGCUCGACCAGAUGCCUCGCGAAACAGCUAAGAUCAAGGUGCUGAAGAGCGGCGAGAGGGUCAUUGUCGACCCUGAAGCCACCUCUGAGCGCGCCAUGUUGUGGUUCUAUCUCCUUAUCAAUAUUGGCGGCUUCAUGCAGGUUGCCACCACGUACGCUGAGAAGUACAUCGGAUGGUGGCUGGCAUUCAUCCUGCCGUUGUUCUUGUACAUUCCGCUUCCUCUCGUCCUGUUCUACCUUCGCAAGCGCCUCGUCCUCUUCCCUCCCGGCGGUAGCGACCUCCCCAACGUUGUCCGUGUCCUGGGCAUCUGCCUGAGAGGAGGAGGAAUCCUCCGCAUCGGCCGCCACGGCUUCUGGGACGCAGCGAAACCAUCCGUGAUCGCAGCAAGAGGCCAAAACAUCCAUACCCGGUGGGACGACCAGUUCGUCGAGGACGUCCGUCGCACAUUCCAAGCAACAGGGAUCUUCUGCUUCUUCCCGAUCCAGUACAUCAACGACAACGGUCUCGGCCAGGCGGCGAGUUUCCUCUCUACAAUGCUCGAGACGAAUGGCGUGCCAAAUGAUCUCAUCAGUAACUUCAACCCGCUCAGUAUCAUUGUCUUCGCGCCUAUCCUCAACUACAUCCUGUACCCGGCCCUCCGUCGCUUCCAUAUCCACUUUGGCCCUGUUGCCCGUAUCACCACCGGCCUGGCCAUGUCGUCCCUUGCGGGCGUCGGAUACACAGUUAUCAACUACUACGCGUACAAACUCGGUCCGUGCGGUAAAUACGGCACAUCCGAGACCUGCGUUGACGAGGAUGGCGUUUCCCUCGUCGCCCCGAUAACCAUCUGGUGGAUCGCAAUCCCCUACGCCAUCGGCGGCAUCUCCGAACUCUUCGUCAACGUCCCCGCCUACGGAAUCGCAUACUCGCGCGCCCCCAAGAACAUGCGCGGUCUUGUCGCCGCAAUCAACCUGCUCAACACCGCCUUCGCGUAUGCAAUCGGCCUCGCCUGCUCCUCUGUCAUCCGUGACCCCUAUCUCACGUGGGACCUGGGCGGGCCUGCCAUUGCCGGCGGCAUCCUCACGGUGGUUUUCUACUUUACGUUCCGCCAUAUUGAUAGGGAGGAGUAUGUGCUUAGUGAGAAUGCGGAGUAUAAUCUGGAGUUGGAGGGGACGAAGGGCGUUGUGCAGGAGAAUGAGAGGAAUCAGACGAGCAGUGCGGUGCCGCGGAUUGCGGAAAAUGAGGAGUUUGGGAUUUCGCCGAAGCAGUGA